AUGGUGGAGCAGUGUCCGAAAACAUGUAAUUUCUGCGAUGAAGCACAGCGAAAAAUUAGCCAAGGAUGCGUUGAUAAAACCGGUCCUAAUGGCAGAUCAAAUUGUCAACAGGUAAGGUACCUGUGCAACGAUACUUUAUACUACAGACUGAUGACUGAGCAGUGUCCAAAAACAUGCAACAGAUGCUGA